AAAAUCAACAGCAGAUUCUGCUGCGCUGUAUGCUGUACAUCGUCAGUUUGGUGUAUUGUGCCGUUGAGUUCGGAGCGUUAGAAUUAUAGCACUUGUGCGUCAGUCAGAUUGGAUGUGCAUAAUAUACAUAGGCAUCGCGGUCCUUCAGAAGCCAACAGAUGCAGCUAGGAGCGUAACUCCUCCGGAAUUGAAUAGUUACAGUGUGCACGUACACACAUACACAAAAAUACACACACCGCGUGUAGUAAGAGAUUACGUAAGGUGUGCUAAGGAUCCUUAUCUCGAAUGUAAGAUUUGUUGAAACACGGGGAAGCGAUUGAUCUGUUUAAGUCAAUAUGAAGGUACUGUCAAUUCUUCUCGUGAUCUUGGUGACCUGCGACCAAAUUGCCAAUGGAUACCGGAUUCUUGGUUUAUUCCCGCUUCAUGGCCCGAGUCAUUGGGUCAUGAUGCAACCUCUGAUGAAAGGAUUGGCGCAACGUGGUCAUCAGGUGGACGUGGUAUCGCACUUCCCGCAGAAGAAGUCGAUACCGAAUUACACGGAUAUCAGUAUAUUAGGCAGUAUGCACGCUACUCGGAAUAAUAUCUCCGCGGCGGAGGCCAGUACAUUCAGCGGUUUCUCCAUGGCGCACUUGACCGACAUGGCCGGAACUCAGAUUUGCGAAUUGCUGAGCCAUCCGGCAAUACAAAAUCUGAUCAAGAAUCCGCCGCAGGAUCCUCCCUACGAUAUUCUUAUUACAGAGGUGUUCAUGGCACCGUGUUUCUUGGCCUUCGGCCGUCAUCUCAAAAUCCCGAUAGUCGCCACAGUAACCAGCGUCUUCCAUGACUGGCUCAACGAGUUGUCCGGCAAUGUGGCCAAUCCCAGCUUCAUCCCGGGCCUCUUCUCCACGUACGGGCAACACAUGAACUUCGAGGAGCGUCUGCUCAACUUUCUGAUGUCACACAUGAUCUCCGCACAGAUCCACUACUACACGAGCUUCCAGGUGGAAUACGUGAAGAAGCAUUUCGGUAUCAAAGACGCAUCCAUCAUGGACCUGUACGGCGACAUAUCCUUGUACUUGGUCAACUCACAUCCCGCGUUGCACGGAAUCAGACCGUACACCUCCGCUAUAGUCGAGGUGGGCGGUUUGCACGUCAAGGAUGACGUUGAUCCACUGUCGCCGGAAGUGCAAAAAUGGCUAGACGAGAGCACGAACGGCUGCGUGUACUUCACGUUCGGUUCUAUGGUGAGGAUCGAAACUUUCCCUAAGGAAUUGAUAGAAGCAUUCUACAUGUCGUUCAAAAAGAUCGCGCCAGUUCGCGUGCUGAUGAAGGUCGCGAAAAAAGAAGACCUACUGCCAGGAUUACCGAGCAACGUCAUGACACAAUCUUGGUUCCCACAAAUCGCCGUCCUCAAACACAAAAACGUACGAGCUUUCAUCACGCACGGCGGACUAAUGGGAACGCAGGAGGCGAUCAAUUACGAAGUCCCUAUGAUCGGCAUCCCUCUGUUUGGCGAUCAGAGUGUUAACAUAAAGUCCUACGUGAAGAAGAAGGUGGCUAUUUCACUGAACUCGAUAAAAAAUGUCACCGAGGAGAAAUUAACGUCGGCGCUGAAUAGCAUUCUGAACGAUCCUACUUAUCGCGAAAACGUAAGCGUCACACCGUCAUCCUGUUGCUAAUCGUGGCGUGUUUAAUGGAGAUUAAUGAAAUCAUAACAUUGAUUGUGUCGUGACCGCAAACACACAGAAUGUGCUACAUAUAGAAUCUCAUCAGACAGAGGCAGAUAGUUUCAGACAGUCGACAUUCCAAUAUUUUUGUAUGCAAGUAGUUACUCUCUCAGAAAUCAUCAUAAUGCGAUAACGUUGUAUAAGAGGAAAUUGGUCGUAGUUGUGCAAAAAUAAUCCAACUCAUAUAAAGUACGUCUCGAGAAAAAUAAAGAUGAAAAUUUGACGCAUGAUUUAACUCUUUACUUUCCAUUUGAAUCACAAUCCAGUUUUCUCGUUAUUUAUCUCCAAUAUGAAAGUUGUUCCUGUCUUGAUCGACGUGACGUGAAAGUUACAAUAUGACUGUCUUUUUUUAGUAUGUUUGCAGCGACAGGAACUACUCAACAUAACCUCAAAGUCACAAAUCUAUUUUGGGAAAAUAAAAAAUUAGGAAAGUAAAAUUUCACUUUAUAUAUGUUGAGUACUUUAGUUUUAAACAUUCUAAGUACAAGAAAAAUUUGUUAAACAUAAGAAAUUAAUUUGAGCAGUAGAGGGUUAAAAAGAUAGAUGGCACUCUCUGAGGUCCUUUGCAGUCGUUCAAAAAGUCAAGUAUGGUUCAAUUUUUAAUAAGUUCAAUUUUCUUCCCUAUCAGAUAUUCGUUAAAAAGACGCAACAAGUACAAAAUGUUGCAACUAGUAGAAGAUGAAGUUUUCAAUUAAUUUUAGACGCCCAUAAAGCUUGAGUCUUUUUUGUUUCAUGUAGAAAGAUGUAGGGACUAUCUAUUGACAAAAAAACAAAACCUCAAAAAUCAUAAUUUUAUGAGUUGAAUCAUUUUGCAUAACUAUGACCAAUUAUGUCUUUUUGCUAUAUUCUUUUUUACUUUCUUCCGUCUAUCCCCAUUGCAUUCUCACUUAUCAUCCGUUAUUUACACGUAUAUUUUUCGAUUUUACUCUAAUUUGUUUGACUCGUUUAACCUCAUGGUCGUAAAUUUAUUUCCAUCGGCGAAUAGAAUAACUUUGUUUAGCGAGAGCAACGCGACUCCGCCUGGAUGUAAGUUAAUGCAGUAAAGUUGUACAACCAGCGGCCACAUGUUAAAAGGACUUCAAAAGCCUCGAGGCUCGCUGCUUUAAAUCUUAUUAGCCCGCCCGCGGUAUCGAUCCGCCACCGGUUGCACCGUUACAUAUCGCGGAACAAACAGAGCGUGCUCGCCAUUGAGUCUUGCUUAACUCCCGAAUAACGCAUAUCGCGGAUCAACUCUAGUCAAUCGGUAUGUACUUUAAAUUCCACAGAUCGUUUUUUCAUCUACGUGAAAUCCACGUGGAGCGCAUGUUCCACGAAUAAGAGCGCGGGAAUAAAGGAGGAAACACUUUAUCUUCGCGGCACGAGAGUAGAGGAAGAGAAAUACAAAAUCUAGUGGAACGUUUGACGCGCUUUUCAGCGCGAGUAGAUACCGAGAUGCCGCUUGGCAUUGGACAGACCGUAGCCUUGGUAACGCUGGUGAAAACACGUUGUCGAUCGUGUGCUCUCUUGCUUUCGACACUAAACGGUCUGGUAUUUCGCGAAGGAGCGCAUUCGAUUGAAACGGGAUCGAGGAAAUUGCGUUCUCAAUUUUUUUUUUUUGUCCGUUAUUUUCUCAACCAAGUCUUCAAGACUUUCACCUUCAUUUUAUGAUUCGCUGCCGGCCAUCCCAUGUGCACACAGAAAAAUGCAUAUUGCAUUCAAGUAAACGUUAUAUCAAGUAUGUUUGUUUUAAAGUUAAUGUUUCUUCUAAUAGGCUCUUCUAAAAUUCAUUAUGAGUAUAUUUUGAGACUAUUAUAAAAAAAGUAUAUUUUGUUGAAGAUAACUAUUAUUUGAGGGAAAAGAAACCAAAUUGACUGGUCGUUUUUCCCCACCCAGCAAGAAUGACGUUUUUCUGUUUGCAGACAAAUUCGGCAUGUACGAAGUAACGAUUGCAUUCGUUAAUCAAGGAAUGUUAUUGUGUCACCGUUAAUUAUUUGUAACGGAUACAAAAAAAAAAACAAUUGCUGUCACGAUUCAGUUAUCGAAAACGUUGCUGAAAAAAAAAAAAAAA